AUGAUCAAGACGGCCAUUAUCGCUCACAAGAACAAGAAGAGUACUUCUCUGCUAACGUUCAAGAAGCACAUCAGUGAACACUACAAAGUGGAUAUGGUUAAGCUGACGCCCCACAUGCGCAGAGUCCUUGUUUUACAUGUUGCAAAUGGCUCUCUGGUUCGCGUCGGCAACAAGGGGCAAGGUGUAUGUGGCAGCUCCAAACUCGGUGAAAAGGCCGUCAAGGCUCCCAAGGUGAAAAAGGCCCCAAAGUUCGCGAAGGCCGUUAAAUUGAAGAAAGCUGCUGACAAAUCAAAGAAGGCGAAGAAGCCAAAAGCCGCAGCUAAAACGCCUAAGACUCCCAAGAGGGCGGUCGUCAAUAAAUCCAAGGUAGUUAAGGCCAAAACACCGAAGGAGUCUAAGCCUGCGGCUAAGCCGAAGGUUGUCAAGUCCAAGCUGCUGAAGAGGCCGGCAGCCAAGAAGGCCGUCAAGGCCUAG